AUGUCGAAGCAUGACGAGGAAGUUCUUUUGCCGGGACCUUCUCCAUUGACUGGAAGCCAGUGGUGGCAGAUAUUUGCUGCAUCUUGGAGCCAAAACUGCGCGGAAUCACUGACCUGGAAAUUCUUUAGGGGUUUGCUUCUUGCUUUCGGAGUCUUCCAGACAUUUUACGAAGAACAGCUCCUCCCGCAAAAGUCCACAUCACAAUUGGCAUGGAUAUCGACAAUAUCUGCAUUCAUUCUCCUAGCCAGUGGACUUGUGACUGGCCCUUUAUUUGACAACGGCUACCUUCGCCCGUUACUGGUGGCUGGCAGCCUCUUAGAGGUAUUCGGUGUCAUGAUGCUUAGUCUUAGUACGGAGUACUACCAGGUGCUUUUGUCACAGGGCAUUUGCAUCGGCCUUGGAUCGGGAAUGAUAUUUGUACCAAGUCUAUCCGCCGUCGCUGUGUCCUUAGAUGAUGCUCGACGAGCGAAGGUUAUUGGUCUCGCCUCUUCCACCACGGGAAUUGGUGGUAUUGUAUAUCCGAUAAUUUUCAGACAGCUUGUAACAAGCAUCGGCUUUCGCUGGGCAAUUCGCGCCAUCGCCUUCAUCAUGCUUACUUUGUUCCUCUUGGCCAGUCCGGUCUUGUAUGUUUAUAAGCCGAACAGGAAUGGUCUUAUCCGAAGUUGGAUAGAUGCAUCUGCAUUCAAAGAUAUGCCCUUUAUCUCCAUUCUAUGUGGCGCUGUCUUUAGUGCAAUGGUAUUCUAUCUUCCGAUGCUAUACCUUCCACUUUACGGUACAACAGCGGCCCAUAUUCAAUAUACGAGUGUCGCGUUCUAUCUCGUAUCUAUUGCAAAUGGGGCUUCUGUAUUUGGGCGUCUCUUAUGUGGAUUUGUUGCAACUGCUAUUGGCCCCGUGGAGACGUGCGCACUUGCAAUUGCAAGUAGUACUGUGCUCCUCUUCUGCUGGUUUGCCGUGUCGUCACCUGCUGGGGUGAUCGUCUGGAGCAUUGCUUGGGGCUUCAUUUCCAGUGCGAUCGUUGCCUUACCCGGAGCCAUUGUACCGCGAGUCACACCAACCUUGAGGCUGGUGGGGACUCGCACAGGGAUGCUUUGGACUGCGGUGGGGGUCGGUAUGUUAAUUGGCAGCCCUAUUGCGGGGGCACUGAUCGAGACUGGCGAUGGAUACAAUCAUUGGUGGAGAGCACAGUUAUUUGCAAGCCUUUCCAUGACAGUCUCGACUGCUUUCUUUGUCUAUCCAGCGUUAUAUGUUCGAAGGAAAAGGACGGAGGUGUGA